AUGGAGUGGGUCAAUGAAACCUCUGUGAGAGAGUUUUUCUUCCUUGGCUUCUCAUCUCUGGCUGGGCUGCAACAACUGCUCUUCGCUUUUGCUCUGCUUCUGUACCUCUUCAUGCUGGGCACCAAUGCCACCAUCAUUUCUACCAUUGUAAUGGACAGAGCCCUCCAUACCCCUAUGUACUUCUUCCUUGGUGUCCUCUCCUGUUCUGAGACUUGCUACACCUUCGUCAUUAUACCCAAGAUGCUGGUUGAUCUGCUGGCCCAGAAGAAGACCGUCUCCUUCCUGGGCUGUGCCAUCCAAAUGUUUACCUUCCUCUUUCUCAUCUGCUCUCACUGCUUCCUGCUGGCAGCCAUGGGUUAUGAUCGUUAUGUGGUCAUCUGUAACCCUCUGCGUUAUACAGUGCCCAUGGGUUAUGGGGGGUGUUUGGGACUUGUGGCGGCUGCCUGUGCCUGUGGCUUCAUUGUCUCAGUGGUCAUCAUCUCCCUGAUAUUUCACCUGCCAUUCCACUCCUCCAACCAUCUCCAUCACUACUUCUGUGAUAUCUCUCCUGCCCUCAAGCUGGCAUCUCAUCACUCUCGCCUCAGUCAGUUAGUCAUAUUCAUGCUUGGUGUGUUUGUCUUGGUUAUUCCACUGUUACUUCUCCUGGUCUCCUAUAUCCACGUCAUAUCUGCCUUUCUAAAAAUCCCAUCCUCUGUUGGAAGAUACAAAGCCUUCUCUACUUGUGCCUCCCAUCUCAUUGUGGUAGCUCUUCAUUAUGGUUGUGCCUCUUUCAUCUACUUAAGGCCCAAAUCCAACUACUCUUCAAGUCAAGACACCCUAAUAUCUGUGUCUUAUACCAUCUUCACUCCAUUGUUCAAUCCAAUGAUUUACAGUCUGAGAAGUAAGGAAUUCAAAUCAGCUCAAAGAACAAUGGUCCAGACUUCAUGUCCUAUUAAUUAA